CGAAGAAGUUCUUGAGAUGUGCGUGUCUGCAUUGCACAUCUGGUCGUUAAACAUCGCCUUUUGUGACUUGUGAGGCAUGCCGUUUCUGCCAAGGCUCCGUUCCUCUUCGGCAAUCCGCGGUUUCUGCCGCCGUCCGUCCUCCAACUUUGGGGAUCGUCGCGUCGAGACCUUGCGAGUUCACCGCGGCUGUACGUACGGCGCAGCAACGACGGGCUGCCCAGACGGCGAACCAUCUGAGGUGUACAUACACCUGAAGGAGAACCUCGGGAAGCCGGCUUUCCGAUCGAACAGAUGCCCCAACCUGCGGAACUUCGUCGUUUCUCCGACUUCUCUCUUUCGGCUCUCUCGUUCCCCUCAUUAAGCUACGACUUCGCGAAAAAAAGGCGUGAGCUUUCAGCCGCCGCAGAGAAGAAGAUGUUUGCCUGUAUCUCAUAACUCGAGCCACAAUCAGAGGAAACGAGUCCCUGCAAUGUCUCUGUUCGAUUCGAGCAACACUGAUUCGUUCUGGCUCUACGCGGGUUCUGACCAGAAGCUGCUUUCCUGCUUGUUUCUGUCGACCGCCAGCGUCUGGGCGCUCCUCUGGAGAACGCGCCUCGAACGCGUUUUACUUGCAACUGUCACUCUAAUCGUUUCCAUGUAAAGCCUUCUCCUCUUCGUCCCAGGACCUGAAAAUGCACCGAACUCUCUCCGCAAUUCACGCAGUCCUCUCCGGGCGUCGCGUCUCAUCUGGAGGCACCGACUUUAAGGGAGACAGCGAAGAGCACGCAGAAAGCUUUCGCAUGCGCAAAGUUCAAACUCCCCGCAAUGCCGCGCUUCUCAGACCUCCCCUCCUCUUCUCUGAUGGACCAAUUCCCUCUGCCUGUCUCCCCUCGCGCUCUCCGUUUCGCCACUCCUUUCCUCUCCGGCCUCCUCCUUGUGCCUCUUGUCAGUCUCUCGUCGAUGCCUCGCCGUUUUUCACAAGUCCUCCCGCCCCUCAUCUUUUCAAGCCUCCCUCGGAGUCAAAUCUCAUCUCUUCUUCUCCCUCUACUUCCCUUUCUUCGUCUUCACCUCAGUUGUCUUUUUGUGGUGCUUCUCACUCGGCUUCUAGGGGAGAGACUCGUGGACGGACUGCGUUGUCUGAUGUUCCGGAAGAGGCUGAGGGCGAGCGGCGCGAUACUUCUCUGUCGCUAAGACAAUUUCGUCGUCGGGGAAAGCUCGCCUCUCCCGUCGGCCAGUGGCUCGUGUCGUUCAACGUCUUCCCUGCAACCGCAACCCGUCAUGCAUUCGUCGCCUUUAGUCCGGAAGGCUUGGUCUUCGCCGACGGCUUUCAAGGCCCCGGCGCUGCUUCGUUUGUUUCUCGACGUUUCUUCUCUCUGUUGGACGAAAGCAGCGCUGCAGGUGCCUCUUCGGCGUGUGUUUGCGGAACCUCCGGUCGCUCGCAAACUCCUGCCCCAGAAGGGGAGAAGGCAGACGCGAAAGGAAGCUGCUGCAGGCAAAAAAGCGAGAAAUCAGCGACGCCUGCGAGCGACUUCCCCACCCUAAAUUCGCUGCUAAGAAACAAGGAACACUCUGCUCUCAUCGCGGGUCUCGACAGACACUUCGCGUCUCUCGAUCGGGCGUUCUUCGAUGCAUGCAGCCGAGAGGCGAGUCGCGUUACGCAGGGCAGCAGUGUCUGUGCUGCGUUCUUCGGCGGGCCUCUAGGCGUCUUGGUGUGUACGCUGGGCGACGUCGGUGCAGUGCUGGUGGUGCGAGAGGGAGAGCGCGCGCGGCGCAGGAAGAGCGAGAGGGGAAGAGAGAAAGAGAAGAAGGAGAAGGAAGAAGAGAAGAAGGAGAAGAAGGAGCAGAAGGAGAAGGAAGAAGAGAAGAAGGAGAAGAAGGAGAAGGAAGAAGAGAAGAAGGAGAAAAAGGAGAAGGAAGAAGAGAAGAAAGUGCGCCGCGAGCCACGCGCAAUCGAAUGGACGCCUACGCAGGGCAACACUGAAAAGGAGUCUUCUCCAGACGAUCAACACAAGGACGCAGAAACAUGUCUCUCCUCUUCCUGCUCCCUGAGUCGACCGUCUUCGUCUGUGUCUUCUCCGUCCAUCUCUCCUUCUUCUCCUUCUCGUUCUUCUUCAAGCUCGAAGGAGGAGGUUUCCUUGCCGCUGGUCGCCUGGCGCCUCGCAGAUCCUCACAACGCCGAAAACGUUAGCGAGAUGACGCGUUUGCGUCGCGCGCAUCCUCAUGCGAAGCCGCAGAGCCUCCUCCAGGGCCAUCUGCUCAAGGGCGUUUCCCCGGCGACCCGCGCCAUCGGCGCCUUCCACCUGAAAGAUCCAGAGCUGAAUGCGGAGUUGCCGGCAGGCCGCCGCGUAGCGAACUACGGGAGCAAGGAGCCUCCUCUGGUGUCUUCGCGCCCCGAUUACACGUUGCAGCCUUUCCAUCCUGACGUAGAGGGUCUCAUUGUCGGUUCCGCUGGAUUCUGGCAGCUCCUUUCCCCAGAGGAGGCGGCGUCGCUCCUGGAUAUUUUCAUCACCUCUCAGCAUGCAUCUGCGGCGGCGCAAGCGCGUGGAGAUGUCUCGGCUGUCGCCUCAGCCUCGGCGGACGACGACGCCGCCACCUUUCUUCUUCGAGCGGCCCUCGUCGAACUCUUCUGCCGCCGCGAGAGAACGCUUCGGACACACAAUCUUUCCCACCGAGCUAUGGAGGCCGCAGGCUUGCCUCACUGGAGCAACGUGAAGCAAAUGGUUUUGGAGAAGCAGGCGACCCUCGGGGACGUUACGUCUCAACUCCAAAUGAUCCACCGGUUGGAAGACCUGCAUGCAAAGCGGCCGGACGAAGCGAGACUGGACAGCCUGUCUCUGGACCGAGUCGGACUCGUCAACAGUGAUGUCGCCGUGUGCGUCGUUCUAAGGGACUGUGGUGGUCCUUCUCCCAAGGCGUGAUGGUCAAUAAAAAAUGAAAAAUCGGAAGCAUCCGGUGAACGCGACCCACACAAAUGUUUGUAUAUAUAUACGCAUAUACGUACAAAUGUAAAUAUAUUUAGUUGUAUAUAUAGUCACGUGCGCAUGGAUAUACGACAAGUUGUAUGGUUGCAUAUAUAUAUGUAUAUGUAUAUUUGUGCGUGAAUAUAUGCUUCGGCGUUUGUCUCUUUUGCUGGCUUGACUGGUUGUCCCCUCGACUGUUGAAGCAGGGACGAAAACCAGAGUGAGGGAGGUUUUCCAUGUUUUGGGCGGACUUUGUGUCGUAUCUUUACAUUUGAAAUGCAUGCAAGCGCGCUUGUGUUUUUUCUCGAGAUCUACAUGGCCAGCUGUUUCCAAAAACAUACGAGUCCACCUCUGUCGGGGAUGCGCCGACGGGGGCCGCUGUACCCUCCACACUCUGAGCAGAGGAAAGGGAGUUCUGGCAGCUCGGCUGUUUUCGACGACAGCGAAUCUCAGACACUCGGCAGUUGUUCGAGAGACUCUCUGCGAGGCUCUGCACUUGGAAAGAUGUGCAUGUACGUUCGUCUGUAGAUCCAAAGGCAUCACCACGCACGGAGAGACCGCUCUCGAUGUCUCUGCUUUCUACGGAUGACGUAUUCUGAGCGCGCCAGUCUGUCGCGCUCUGAGCACCGACGAAGCAAAGAGCAGAGCAACGCCACCGUGGUGGCGCGCGCGAAUGCAUUUUUGCUCGGCUGUGCAUCACACUGUCACCCUGUGCACUUUUUUUCCACGAAGGCGCUUCGUGUCUCAGCGCGGGCCUUCCCG